AUGCUAUUGUCACAGACAUUCAGCCUGCUUCGUCAGGGUCUUGGAUGGUUCGCGGAGGGUUGUUAUCUGCCGGCUUGGAAAGGCAGGAGUGUCCGGUCCAAUAUUCAAGCCAUUGCGAUCCCUACACUUGUUACUAAAGUGAUGGCUAGAAUGGCUUCAGCGGAUAUAAUGUGUGUUGGUCCCAAGUCUGUAAGAGAAAAGUUCACAGGCAUUAUUAGGCAACAAGAUGUCAGAGCCACCGAGAUCGACAAAGUAGAUAUGCAUGCGUCUUUUCGGCCGGGUGACACUGUUAGAGCUUUAGUACUCUCCCUUGGCGAUGCACGGGCAUAUUAUCUAUCAACUGCAAAAAAUGAGUUGGGUGUUGUAUCUGCAGAAAGUGCAGCAG